UUCGCAGACGGGCGUCGCGCCCCGCCCAGGAGCCCGCCCCGCGUCCGUCGGCCCGGCUGGGCCCCGCGGUGACCCUCGCGCUGCCCGGGAGCGGAGCCGGCGAGCAAGUGGCCCCGGCACAAAGGAGCGGCCCAGUCUCGGCGGGGGACGGCUGGACCCGCGCGGGCGCCCCGGCGGGGUGUCGCCGCCCCGAGCGCGACUGUCCCCGGCGCCCCCGCGCUGCGGGGCACUUCUGCGGACCCGGGGCUGGGGGCGCGCCCGCACCUUGCCAGGAACCCAGCGCGCGAUGCUCAGGGCCGCUGACCGCCCCGCCGGCCGCUGACCGCCCCCGCCCGCCGCUGACGGCCCCCGGGGCCCGAGCCGACAUGGGUUGCUUCUGCGCCGCGCCCGAGGAGUUCUACUGCGAAGUUCUGCUCCUGGACGAGUCCAAGCUGACGCUCACCACGCAGCAGCAGGGCAUCAAGAAGUCAACCAAAGGCUCCAUUGUUCUGGACCAUGUAUUUCGGCACAUAAACCUUGUGGAGAUCGACUUUUUUGGGUUGCGGUACUGUGACCGAAGUCAUCAGACGUAUUGGCUGGAUCCUGCAAAAUCCCUUGCUGAACAUAAAGAACUGAUCAACACUGGACCUCCAUAUACUUUGUACUUUGGUAUUAAAUUUUAUGCUGAAGAUCCAUCUAAGCUUAAAGAAGAAAUAACCAGAUACCAGUUUUUCUUACAGGUGAAGCAGGAUGUUCUCCAGGGCCGCCUGCCGUGCCCUGCCAACACUGCUGCUCAGUUGGGUGCAUACGCCAUGCAAUCUGAGCUUGGAGAUUACGACCCAUAUAAGCACACUGCAGGGUACGUGUCUGAGUAUCGGUUUGUUCCAGAUCAGAAGGAAGAACUUGAAGAAGCCAUUGAGAGGAUUCAUAAAACUCUGAUGGGUCAGACUCCCUCUGAGGCAGAGCUGAAUUACUUGAGGGCUGCCAGAUCCCUGGAGAUGUAUGGUGUUGACCUCCAUCCUGUCUAUGGAGAAAACAAAUCUGAGUAUUUCUUAGGAUUAACUCCUGUUGGAGUUGUUGUGUACAAGAAUAAAAAGCAAGUGGGGAAGUAUUUCUGGCCUCGGAUUACAAAGAUUCACUUCAAGGAGACACAGUAUGAACUCAGAGUACUGGGAAAAGAUUGCAAUGAAACCUCAUUUUUUUUUGAAGCUCGAACUAAAAAUGCUUGCAAACAUCUCUGGAAAUGCAGUGUGGAGCAUCACACAUUCUUUAGAAUGCCAGAAAAUGAAUCAAAUUCAUUGUCAAGAAAACUCAGCAAGUUUGGAUCCAUAAGUUAUAAACACCGGUAUAGUGGCAGGACUGCAUUGCAAAUGAGUCGAGAUCUUUCUGUUCAACUUCCCCGGCCAGACCAAACUGUGGCGAGAAGUCGAAGCAAGACAUACCCUAAGAGAACAACCCAAACACAGCCAGCUGGAUCAAACAGUCGGGUAUCUGUAAACAUGGAAAAUGGAGAAAAUGAAGGAGCAACUAAAAUUAUCGCACCUUCACCAAUAAAAUGCUUUAAGAAAGCAAAGAAUGAAAACAGCCCUGAUAGCCAAAGAAGCAAGUCACAUGCACCAUGGGAAGAAAAUGGUCCUCAGAGCGGACUCUACAACACCCACAGUGACCGUGCCAGGUCCCCGAAGUUCCCUGCCACACGCCCCCGGAACCCAUCCUGCGGGAGUGAGGACUCUGCGCAUGCGACCAGGAGAAGGAAAGCCCACAAUAGUGGUGAAGACUUUGAUCUAAAGCAAAGGAGGAGGUCACGCUCACGCUGUAAUACAAGCAGUGGUAGUGAAUCAGAAAAUUCUAACCGAGAACACCGGAAGAAGAGAAAUAGGCUGCGGCAGGAGAAUGACCUGGUGGAUUCGGCGCCCCAGUGGGAAGCUGUAUUAAGGAGACAGAAGGAAAAAAUCCAGGCGGAUCCCAACAACCGCAGGUCCAGGCACAGAUCUCGCUCGAGGAGCCCUGAUGUUCAAGCAAAAGAAGAGUUAUGGAAGCAUAUUCAAAAGGAACUUGUGGAUCCUUCUGGACUGUCAGAAGAACAAUUAAAAGAAAUUCCAUAUACUAAAGUUGAGACACAGGGGGAUCCCGUCCGCAUCAGGCACUCGCACUCCCCGCGGAGCCACCGCCAGCACCGCAGAUCCCAGUGCUCGGAUGGAGAACGCUCAGUCCUCUCAGAGGUCAAUUCCAAAAUGGAUCUUGUCCCUCCACUUCCUGUGACCCGGUCCUCAGAUGCGCAGGGCUCUGGGGACUCCACCGUCCAUCAGAAAAGAAACGGAUCUAAAGACAGCCUGAUUGAAGAAAAAAAAUCUCAGACAUCUACAAGCAAUUUGUCUGGAAAACACACAGUAAAAACAGUAAAAACAAUGCAAGCUUCACGAUUCAAGACUUGACAUCAGCAAAAGAUUUGGGAGUGGGAAGGGUAUGCCAUCUUGAUUUGAAACUGUGAAUUUUAUUAUUCAAGUUAUCGUGAACCUGUGCAAGUUAUUUCUACAGAAGAAAAAUGAGUUGUAACCUUUAGAAAAAGCUUUCCAGGAUAUUUCUCUUUCUGCCUUCUUGUUUGGUAACUAGAUGCUAUCAGUCUAGUGAAAACUUGUUCACUUGAUGCCUACCACUCAUUCUUGGCAACCUCAGUACCAGAUGCUCCUGAUGCAAGUUGGGGUAUGCUGGCCCGCAGCAAGCUGUGCAGUAGUGGAGCAGCUUUCCCCAGCUUCCAGAGCUGCAGGCAUUUUCUAGUCAAAUGCAAUUUAUGGAUCGAAGUACACAUGUAAAAUAGCCUUUUUGGGUAAAUAUUGCUUUCCAUUUGUAUUGUCUUUGUCUUAAUGUCUCCAGGGAGGAAAAAAAAAACCCUUGGAUUUCAAAACUUUCAUUCUCAAAUGACCCUUCUCUGCAGGUGACUUCAUGUUUCUCCUUCCUGCAUUCAACCCCAUCCAUCUUUUUACACAGACCACCUAAUCAGCUCACAAACAGGACCCUCUCCACCUUGCAUUCUCCCCCACAUCCAUCGUUCUCGUGAUCUUCCCUUCUGCCCCAAAUGGCUCCUUCAUGUUUCUAUAUCUUACCGGUGUUUUGCCAAGUUAGUUCAACCGACUUGAAUAUCCUUCCCUCUACCUCAGGGCCAUCACGCCUGUCAGUGUACUCACUCACCUGGCACUCAUUGAUCAACACCAACUUUUCAUGGGUGGUUGCUUUUAACUUAUUGUGCCACUUCCACUGGCCCAAGAACUAUAUCCUCUUGCUUAGUUGAAAACUACUGUAGCCUCCAAUUUACCCCUUCUUGUUCAGGUCCUCAAGCCCGUUCUCUUACAUGUCAAGUCUAAUUUUUGUAACACUUCUAGUGACAUUAUGGCUACCUUUAAGUCUUAAAAAGUCUAAACUCCUAGAAAUUAAGGAAAACAGGUAUGUUGUCACCAGUUUGGCCUUAACCUCUUGUAGUCCAAGGUCUCUGCAUAUCACUCCCCCAAAUACCCAAAGUCACAAACUGGGUCUCCUCAGGUCUCCCCAAGUUGAAAUCCUACUGUGCACAAGACUUGUCCCACAGUAGGUAUUGUGAUGACAUUUCUUCCAUGUCCAGAGGCAGACCGUCUAGUUCACAACUGUACUCCCUGCCCUAGUAAAACAUUUCAAUAAAUUUUUUUGA